CGGCUGAUUCAUGAGACUAUGUUCGAGUAUAAAUAUACGAGUGAGCUAUUAAAACCAAGGCUAGGCCAUAGGCAGAAGGCUAAAAACAAAGAUAUAAAGUUGGACACACAAAAAAGAGGUGGAAGAAGAGAUAUAAUUAUUUGAAACAUGGCAGCAACAAAGAAGAGUAUGCCUGAAGGCUACAUCCCACCCAAUGUAACCCCAAAGUGCACCUGGGCUCUGGGUAAGAGUCAGUCCGAGUCUCCCCAUCAAAAUCUGCCCAGACAUGAGCCAAAAGUGGGAAGUUCCAUUAUGCCCACUGUCCUGGAGAUGGUGGGAAACACUCCUCUCGUGAGACUCGACAAAAUUGCUAAGAUGGAGGGACUCGAGUGUGAGCUCUUGGCCAAGUGUGAGUUCUUCAAUGCUGGAGGCUCUGUCAAGGACAGGAUUGGGCACAGAAUGAUUGAAGAGGCUGAGAGGGAUGGCAUUCUGAAGCCAGGCGACACUGUCAUUGAGCCCACCUCAGGAAACACAGGUGUUGGACUAGCUCUGGUGUCAGCUGUCAAAGGCUACAAGUGCAUUAUUUGCAUCCCUGAGAAGAUGAGCAAUGAGAAGAUCUCUGUAUUGAAGGCUCUGGGUGCUGAGGUCAUACGCACUCCCACGGAAGCAGCUUUCGACACUCCAGAAUCCCACGUUGGUGUGUCUUGGAAACUAAAGAAUGAAAUUCCCAACUCCCACAUCCUGGAUCAGUAUCGUAACCCUGGAAACCCGCUCGCUCACUACGACGGAACAGCAGAGGAGAUAAUAGCUCAGUGUGGAGGGAAACUAGACAUGAUCAUUGCUGGAGCAGGCACUGGGGGCACCGUGGCUGGGAUAGGCAGGAAAAUAAAGGAGAAAUUGCCUAACGUCAAGGUGGUAGGUGUUGACCCUGAAGGUUCUAUUCUGGCUUAUCCCGAUGAACUGAAUGUACCUGGAGAAGGAACUGCUUAUCAGGUGGAGGGCAUAGGAUACGACUUUAUUCCAACAGUGUUUGAUCGCUCAGUGGUGGACGAGUGGUACAAGAGUGGCGACCAGGAGACCUUUGAUUACGCCAGGAAGCUGAUUCGAGUGGAGGGCCUACUGGCAGGGGGGUCCAGUGGCUCUGCUCUCAGUGUGGCCGUGAAGGCUGCUCGAUCUCUCAAAGCUGGCCAGAAAUGUGUGGUGAUCCUACCUGACUCAAUCAGAAACUAUCUGACCAAGUUUGUUGAUGACCGUUGGAUGCAGUACAAUGGUUUUAUGGACCCCUCCUCCAAGCCGUCAUGGUGGGAUGUGCCAGUAACCUCUCUUGGUGAGCCCCUUUCCAACAAGCUAUCUCCACAGAGUACCUGCUCUGAGGCUGUGGCUGCUCUCAAGGCAGGCAGCACCAGCCAACUGCCCAUUGUCGACUCUGAGGGAAGGGCUGCUGGAGUGGUGUCCAUUUCUGAGCUGACUUCCAAGCUAGUAUCUGGUGCAGUGUCCGGUGGAGACCCAGUUACCAAAGCCAAAGUCAAUAAGUACAAAACUGUGGAUGUAGGAACUGGUAUCGGGAGGGUAUCUCAGAUACUGGAGUUGGACUCUUUCGCUCUCGUAACAACCACCAAGAAAUGCACUGAUGGUACAGACAAGAGCUGUGAAGUGGUUGAGCGUCUGGUGACCAGCAUAGACUUGGCUGCUUUUCUCUGCAAGCAGAACUAACAAAUUUGUUAGCUAGAAUUUGUUAGCUAGAACCCAUCUAUAAAUAUUAAGGUCUGCAUUUUUGUUGACUGUACUGUGCGCAUGUGAGACUUUACUAAUUGCACCUUAUUGUUUUUAGAA